AUGGAGACUAAGCACUGCAAUUUCUGGCUUCCCAACAAAAAAAGAUUUUGUGCAAACACCCUUCUCAAUGGUUCCUUAUUCUGUGGUAAUCAUAACUCGAGGCCCGAAGGCCAAUGGAUUCAAUGCCCUGUAGAUCCUUCGCAUUCAGUGCUUGAGCAAAAUCUCAAAUGGCAUGUUAAGCGGUGCCCGUUGCUAAAACAGGUUCAAUCCCUAUCUGACCAGCCUUUUUAUCAAAAAGGUAUCAAUGCUGGUUCUGAUGGAGAACAACAAGAGGAGGAAACUUCAGGAAUUAAUGAUUCAAGAUUGCCCACUAUGACCAUUUCUUCUGAAAUGAAGAGGAAUGCACUUCGUAGGAUGAGUGUGCCCGAAUUCUGCAAUUUGAUUGAGAAGGUUGAAUCUAUUCAUGAAUCAUUGUGUAAAGAUAUUCAAGACUCGUUUCAGAUGCCAGAUGUUUGCAGUCUUUGGAUUAAAAGCAAGGAAGAAGAAAGGAAAUUGCCAUUUCAGGAGAAACAUAUAAUGCAGCAGGCAUCUAUUGUGGGGAAUUUGGAAAGUUUUGGUGUAUUGAAGAAUUCUCUUAGUAGGAAACAGUCAAAACGUGAGGAAACAGUUGAGGAGAAGGAGGAUGGUGUCUCUACAGUCAUUGAGUUUGGAGCUGGUAGAGGGUACUUGACACAAAUGCUUGCAGAUUGUUAUGGAAUCACUAGAGUUUUCCUCGUUGAGCGAAAGGCGUACAAGUUGAAGGCUGAUCGAUCCUUGCGACAGAAUGAGAGCUUGACGUUAGAGCGUUUGAGAAUUGACAUUGAAGAUUUAAAUUUGAAUGCUGUUGAGUCUUUGCAAGGAGUUCCAUUUCUGGCCACCGGUAAACAUCUGUGCGGAUCUGCAACAGAUUUGACUUUGAGAUGCUGCUUUCCUGAAUAUAAAAAAGAUAGUAGUGAACAGCACACUACUAAUAUUAGUUUUGGAGGUUUAGCUAUAGCAACAUGUUGUCACCAUCUUUGCCAGUGGAAACACUACACAAAUAAAAAGUUUUUCUUAGAUUUGGGAAUGACAAAGGAAGAAUUUCAUGCCAUUACAUGGUUUACCAGCUGGGCUGUAGAUGCUACUCAUGAUUCAGAUCUUCCUGAUACUACUAAUUGUAUAUCACAUUUACAAUCAAUAAAGGAGCAAGGUAAUGGAUAUACAGAUGGAGUUGAAAAAAUUCUUUCAGAAAUGGAAGCCGCAAAAAGAGCAGCACUGGGAUUUAAGUGCAAGUGGAUCAUUGACAUAGGGAGGUUGAUGUGGUUAAGAAAACUUGGAUUAGAAGCAAAGCUUGUCAGAUAUGUUGAGCCUAGCAUUUCUCCUGAAAAUCAUUUACUAUUAGCUAAACCUUUGAAUUGA